GUUCGCCAAAUGGAGUUUUUGGAAGGGAAGUCAUCAUCAGACCCCCUCAAAUCCGCCCAAAUCAUCCGAAGUAUUCCCAGAUCCCAAUCACUUGGAGACUCCUUAGAGACUUUGGAAGUAGGAUCACACGCGACUUGAAUCACCUUGGAGCUGGAAGGUUUGCAUCCAACAAGCCAUGAGCUCUUCAUGGAGCUUUGCUGCUCAAUGCAGGAAGCUUUGUGUGAUGAAGUGCGAAGAAACCCUUGUAAUGAGCUUCGCAGGAGCUUAUGCAGGGACUUGAAACAGGAGCUCCGCGACCAGCUCCGAAGCGAGGUCAUGAGCGCGCGCCGUGUGGCCUCGUCCCGAGAGGCAUCCACGGGCAGCACAACAGGAAGUAGCGCCAGGCGCCCGGGCCGGACUCCUGCGUCGGAGAUCCGGCAGGAGUUGACACGCCGUGGUGCUGCGUUGAUGGAUGCCUUCACCGCUGCAGCAGACGAGGUUCAACAUCGCCAAGAACCGCGAUCUUGCUGAGAGAACGGCAAGACAAACACGGAACAUGGUGAAAUUGGUGGA